AUGGCUACAAUAGUUGAACCCCGAUAUAAGUUGAAAAUUAUACAAUUUUUCUUUAUUGACAUCCAUGGGGAAGAGAAGGCUGAAGAGUUUAUUAGAGAGCUGAGAAAGGAUACUGAUAGCUUAUAUAGCCACUACAACAAUAAUGGUCAUCCUACUUCAGCAAGUGGUAGCCGUAGCUUCUCACACCUGACUAGUUCGACAUCUACCUAUGAUUACACUGCUUCUGCUGUAGCUAUCUCAUCACCAUUGGUGCAGCGAUAUCAUCAAAGGCGUGCAUCGAGAAAUAUUAUGCAAUGUAGGUCCGAGGUUGAAUGCUAUUUGAUGGAAGAUGUCGAGGCACCUAGUGAUGCAUUUCAGUUAUUAACUUGGUGGAAAGUUCAUUCCACCAAAUUUCCUAUUCUUUUCCGAAUAGCCUGA